ACUCGACCUUGGGGACGGACCCGACACCCAGGAGGGUGAAGAUGAGUGGUGGGCUCAAUGGGCUGGGCUGAAAGCCAGUGGGAGGAAUGGCAGAUACGGACGCUGAGCUCUGGGGAUCCAAGAACAAAACCAACAGGACGGCAGCCGCAGAACAGAUGUCCAGAACCUUUUUCGCCCGAUUGCGUGCGGACAGACCCGCCUCGCUGAUACUGGCCAUCAACCACCCCUUUGACGCCUCUGAACCGACAACGGACUCCACGCAGACGAUACUGCAAUAUGUAGAGGAAUACUGUAGGUAUUUGUUCUCUGACGAACAAACUGCGGGAGCACAGGACCCCCCAGAGACCAUUGAACGCCUUGUCUGGAGCAAAAUCACUAAGAAGGUGUCAGCGCAGGACAGUCAGAGGCUGGACGAACCGCUCACGGCGCAGGAGCUAGCGGCGGCCCUAGUGGACAUGCCCGCGGCAAAGGCACCGGGCCUCGAUGGUAUGCCUGUGGAACACCUCAAACUGUGUUUUGAGCUCCUCGGCCCAUUCCUGUUACAGGGCUUCAAUGAAGUAUGGACCGCUCAAGAGGCCCUUCCACCUGACUUCGCUUUGGCCACUGUCAUUUUGAUACACAAGAAGGGUCCCCUCAGUGAGGUGCGAAAUUGGCGCCCCAUCUCGCUGCUUUUGGCCCCAUACAAGCUGCUCGCGAAGGUUAUGGCCAACCGCUUAGCCACAUUGCUCCCGCAGAUAGUGGAUGAGAUGCAAACGGGAUUUAUUUCCGGUCGCCACAUCAUCACUAGUCUCCUUUUGGCGCGACAGGUGCUAUGGCAGGCCCAGCGCUCACACCCCCCCCUGGCCUUUGUGAUGCUGGAUUUCGAGAAAGCUUACGAUAGAGUGUCGUGGCCCUUUUUAUGGCAGGCACUCCUGAGAAGAGGACUUGGCUGCCAAUUCGUUAACAUGGUCAUUACACUUUUCAGUGCGGCAGAGUCAAGACUCCUGAUUAAUGGCUUUCUCACUCAGAGAAUCAAAGUUACGCGAUCCGUUCGGCAGGGCUGUCCACUUUCUCCCGCGCUGUAUGCGCUAUUUAUUGAGCACCUGCACGAUAUGCUGCACGCAAAUCGUGACUUGAUCGGCCUCCCCCUCCCACAUGGCAAACAACUUAAGAGCUCAGCUUUUGCUGACGACACAGGGGCAAUCACUGCCCUCACGCCUACUAGCGUGAGGGCACUUACAACCCAGAUCGGGCGCUUUGAGCGCUAUGCCGAUGCGAAAUUGAACUGGCAUAAGUCGGUCGCGUUGGUCCCGGAUAUGAACGCCGCUGACCUUUUCAACGACAUGCGAGUUCAACCCAUCACUGGCGGCGCAGUGUAUUUGGGAAUCGUAAUGCCCGAUGCACUCUCAAAUGGCAUUUAAAUCAAGGUUGUUAUGCAGAAAGCAGUCAAUCGUAUGGCGUGCUGCGCCAAACGACUGCAGGCUGAGUCUUUGGUCGAGCUCUCCUGGCCAACACCGCGG